AUGCCUACCUCUCACUGCGCCUUGCUCGCAGAGUACGACAGCCGCCUCACGGCCGACCACUUCCUCCUCACCAACCGCGAACGCGACAUGAAGGCUCUGAACAAGCGCAUCAAGGUCAGCCUCUACCUCUCCCUUCUCAGCUACCAUCCUCGUUUACCUCACCUCAACCAAGCUAAUCAUUUCGAACACCAGACCGCAGAAGGCGCCAGCAUGUCCGAAGCCCGCAGCGGCGAGUACUCCAGCCUUUGCGAGAAGCGUCGCAAGUUGGGACGUGAAAUUGGCGUGCUUGAGGCUAAGAUCAAGAAGGUUACUGCGGAGAUGAAGGGCGCGAAGCAAAAGGCGAAACGCGCGCGUGUCGCGACGCAGGCUAAGGAAGUGGGAGAGGGGGUUAAGGGCGGCGUGUUGGGCAAGGUGGUAGGCAAGUUGAAGGUGUGGCUGACGUAG